AUGCUUGCAGGGGCCAACGCCGACUUGAGGGAGCAGCUCGGCGGGGCCCAGACCGCCCUUCGUGCCAAGGAGGCCGAGCUUAACGCCUUGAUCCAGGAGCACGACCGCCUGGCCAAAAAGUUGGCCGACCAGGAGGAGAGCCACAAGGCGGCCCUGAAGGAGGCGCGAGAUAGCGAGGCCACCCUCAAAGCCGAAUUCGAGACUGAGACGGGGUGCUGGGCUGAGGCGAAGCAAGCGCUGAGCGAGGGUUACGGCCGGAUCGAAGAUCUGAUCGACGGUGAGCCGCCUUCCUCACUCCUCACUCGCCUCUUGCCCUUUGGUUCAUCUUCUGAUUUGUGCUGCUUCUUUGUUUUUCGCGCAGACUACUUCCCCGGCCACUCCGUCAUGGCCACCUAG